AUGACGACGGGAGCGGCUGUAAACGAGGUUAACAAGGUGGGGGGGUGCAAUGACGACGGGGAGGUGGGCGCUUGUUGUUUUUUGUGGGCGUUCGUCGUUUUCCGUGUCCGCUCAUCGUUUCUCGUGGUGGGCGCUUGUCACAAUUCGUGGGUGGGGUGGGCGCUCGUCGUUUUCCGUGUCCGCUCGUCGUUUCUCAUGGUGGGCGCUUGUCAAAAUUCGUGGGUGGGGUGGGCGCUCGUCGCUUUUCGUAUGUGCUCGGGGUGGGCGCUCGUCUGCUGUUGUGGUGAGGACGGAGGAAUGGGGUGGUUGGGCAAACACACGUACUAUUUGCCCAUGACGUGGCAACGUCAUGGGCGCCGUCCCUCGUUCUUGGCUCGUCAUUCUGCAUACCCAUACGUUUGCAUGGGCGCCAUUGUCGUUCGUGGCAUGGGUGUGCCGUUCCUCGUUAGCGGGAGUGAUGUGGCAUGGGCGGUGUCGACGGUGGGCGGUGUUGAUGGUAGGCGGCGUCGACGGUGGGCGGUAUCGAUGGUGGGCGGUGUCGUCUACAGUCCAGUGGACUCCACUGGACUCCACUGGACUGCUGAAAUUAGUAUAAUUGGACUCCAGUGGACUCCAGUGAACUCUGACUGGACUCUCAGUCCACUGGACUGGGACUGGACUCUGAAAAGUGGCUGGCAGUCCAUGGACUGGGCAUUGUACCAGCCAAUCUGGCCUGGCAAAAGGGUGACUGGAAUCCAGUGGAGUCCACUGGAGUCCAUCUGGAUUACGUGGGGGAUGGUAAAGACCUCCACAAAUUCUACGAAGGCAAUCUUUGAGGUUCGGCUCAAGGAUGAUAACCGCAUUGUAGACAUGAAGGAAGAUUUACUAAAAGGCAACCCUUUGGUACUUGCAUACCUCUGGCAAAAUGCACCGUCGAAACUCAAACAAGAUCUUUCCGCAAUCGCCAAACCAUCAAUCGCUGCAUCUUCUUUCCAAACGGCAGAGUCUAGUACACAUGUUAAUACACCUUCCAGUGCUUCUCUAACAGCGCUCCUGGACAAUGCUCACAUCGGGGCACUGCAGCCAAACUCUGUAGAAGAACGGCAUAAUGUGGAUGAACCUGGUGCUCUGGCUAAUGUGAUUUCAGGUGUCCAGCCGGAUAAGUCUCAGGGACGAAACAGCACUCCCCAAUCUUCUGAAACUCUUAGCUGCUCUGGUUCAGAACCUCAUAACAGCGUUGAUGGGCUUGAUAGCACUCCAGACGGUCUUGGCGAUACUCUAGCUGCUCAGAACAUCAUUCCUUCCAACGAUCAAGGUAGCUCUCCCUCUAGACCAUCUUCCGGUGCCCAGCGAAACCGUUCAAGCCAGUCCAACAAUCGAGAUAAUCUAGAUAUACCUCAGAGAAAUGCCAAUUGUCUUGCAGCAACACGAGGAAGAAGGAAACGACCACAUCAAGAAGUUGAACCUGUGGAGAACGAAUGGGAUUUGCCUAUGAUGAUGAUUGAGUGUCUCCAAAGUGUUAUGGCCAAAAAUCAAGGUUUGACCAGACAACUUGAAAGGGGAUGCAUGGACAUCUUCUCCCAAUAUAAUGAAGUUCAAGGAAUCCACCCAAUGGACUACGAACAGGCUCUGCCAUCUAUCCAGGCAGUAAUACCGGAUGAACGUUGUCUCAAAAGGCGCAAGAUCGAACUGGGUCUUCUUUCUGGUAAUAUUGCUAAGCUUGAGUGCAUCCUAGAUGGUAAGAUGCUUGCUAAUGAGCUCAAGGUCCUGGUCAAUGAGAAUGGAAAAAUGACUGAUUGCCUCGCAUUCUCAUCCUCAGAUACUGGGGAUAUGGUCUCACUCUUGGUUGAGCAAAAUGAUAUCCAAAACUUCUUCGAAACCUAUCUGCAUGUCACUCCAAAUGGAGAUUCGCUUUCCUGUCUCUCUGGUGGAAUUCUAUUCCAACGCUUGAGGACUUUACACUCCUCCACAUAUUCCAGUUGGACUCCAGAUGGACUCCGGCGGACUCCAGAUGGAUUACUGCUGUUCAUCCAGAUUUUUUCUCUGGUGGCAACCCAGCCAAACUGGAGUCCAGGUCCACCAUUUGGACUGCAUGGACUCCACCUCAUAACACAGUCAACCAGCCAGACUCCAUAUGGAGUCCAGAAAGAACCAGAAAAAAAGAAUGCCAUGACCGGGAAUUGA